AGCCUAUACCUUUCCAGUUUUAGUUUUCAUGGGUUUACUGCAAGUAGCUUAAGGUGUCGAUUAUUAUUUUCUCCAGCAGUGCAAUUACUUUGGAGGAGUUGCUUCAAGCCGUGAAAUCAGUCACAGGUUGCACUGUUUUGCAGCGUCUCAGAGCGAGGGUCUUUGGUGAGAGCGGUUCACUGUCGCUGUCGGACCAGUUUGUUUACCUCAUUGUGCGUUGACAUUGCGUCGUCUGACACAUAGGCUAGACAUAAUAGAGCUUGAGUGCCUGAAUUUAAAUCAUUCUUGGCCGACUGUACAUGCAGAUUGCGUUUAGUUUAGCAUGGUCAAGCAAUUGUUAUAAAGGUUGUAGAGACCAAAGUGCGUGGGGAAAAAAUGGAGAGAGAAACGACAUCUUUGAAGCAGCAAUAUUGCUGCACAACUGUUAUGAACGUUAUCUCGUCUUUAUUCUCUGUAGCGUCCCUUGCCUUUUGCAUAUUAUUAAGUGUACAAACAUCAGCGAUCGCGGACAGAGUCCUGGAUUUGGAAACUGGACAUGGCGAGCAAUUCUUUCACAGGGUCCCCAGUUUUUCUGUGGAUCAGUUUAAUUCAUUGAUUCAAGAGAGAGUGGAUGAGCUCCUGUCACAGCGCUCCUAUGAAAAUUUAUCGAAGGUACGGAUUGCCCGACAAGUUAGCCAUACUCCUGAUUGCAACUGUCCCCCAGGCCCGCCAGGAAAGCGGGGAAGAAGAGGCCGGAAUGGCGAACCUGGACCUCCUGGUCCUCCUGGUCUUCAGGGUGACAAGGGGGAUCAAGGCGACCAAGGACCGCGGAUGGUCUUCCCUAAGAUCAAUCAUGGCUUUCUUUCUGCUGACCAGCAGCUCAUAAAGCGGCGGCUUAUUAAGGGAGAUCAGGGUUCGGCAGGUCCACCAGGGCCUCCUGGACCCCCAGGUCCCCCUGGCCCCCGAGGGCCACCAGGGGACACAGGCAAGGAUGGGCCCCGGGGAGUGCCAGGUCUGCCGGGAGAUCCCGGGACCCCAGGAGAGCUAGGACUAAUAGGACCUGAGGGGCCACCAGGACAAAAGGGUUCCCUCGGGCCUCCUGGCAUCCCAGGUGUUGAUGGGCUGAAGGGUGAAAUGGGAGAGCGAGGUGAAAAGGGUGACAUGGGAGAAGAUGGGCAAAAAGGUGAAGUCGGGGAGAAGGGUGAUGCAGGCUCCUCUGCUGCAGGCAUUAAGGGUGAACCAGGAGAGUCAGGACGUGGGGGAUCAAAGGGAGAGCCAGGACUUCCAGGGCUGCCUGGACUUCCCGGGAUUAAGGGUGAGCCUGGAUUCCUAGGACCUCAGGGAGAACCAGGGCUCCCAGGACUACCGGGAACCAAGGGCGAGCGAGGGGAACUUGGCCCACCAGGCAAGGGAGAGCGGGGCGAGCCUGGACAGGCCGGUCAAAAGGGGGGGCCAGGAGAGGCAGGGAACCCAGGCCCUAGAGGUUCAAAGGGAGAAACAGGAGACAAGGGAGACCUGGGCUCUAUGGGACCAUGGGGACCCCCUGGGCAGAAAGGUGACCAAGGAGCCACUGAAAUCAUUGAUUACAACGGGAACAUCCAAGAAGCUUUACAGAAGAUUACCACUAUUACAGUGACGGGUCCCCCUGGGCCUCCUGGACUAUCAGGACCAGCGGGAAUCAAGGGAGAUCAAGGCAUGCCUGGCCUCCCUGGACUGGACGGUGAAAGGGGUUUCAAAGGUUCCAAAGGAGACAUGGGAAUCCCUGGCACAUCUGGAGAUAAAGGAACUGUUGGUUUACCUGGUUUACCAGGUGUCAAUGGAUUGAAAGGAGAUAAGGGUGAUUCUGGAAUGCCUGGUCCCGAAGGGCCCUCAAUUAUUGGCCAACCUGGAGCACCUGGGCCCCAUGGCCCCCCAGGCCCCAUGGGACCCCAUGGCUUCCCUGGACCAAAGGGGGAGGCUGGGAAUCAUGGUCUGAAGGGAGUACGCGGGGAGUCAGGGCACAAGGGAGACAGAGGACCCCUGGGCCUCCCCGGAGCCUCCGGCUUGGACAGCAAGCCUGGAAUUAGGGGUAUGGACGGGCCUGUUGGUUCCUCCGGUCCAGCCGGGCCAAAGGGGGACAGAGGUGAGAGAGGAGCUGCAGGUGAACUCGGGCCAAGGGGACCUUAUGGACUUCCUGGAGCGGCUGGAACACCUGGCCUUGAUGGGUUGCCAGGCUUAAGGGGAGAGAAAGGCGACCCGGGGGAAAGAGGAGAAAAGGGGUUCCGGGGCUUUAAGGGUGAAAAGGGAGAACCGGGGCAACCUGGUCUGGAUGGGCUGGAUGCCCCGUGCCAAUUGGGCCCAGACGGACUACCAAUGCCUGGUUGUUGGCAAAAGGGAGUCACGCCUUGGCUGGUGGCUUGAAAAGAAUUGUUCCCCAGGAAGUAAAGUUGGGUUGAUUUUCUUUAUUGUGGUGAGAUCUGCAAUGGGUCAAUAGAUGCAGGUCUUCACAGAUGCACUUGUCUUGAGUCCCAGGGCCCUUUCCCUGUCAACGGCCACUUGUUAUUGAACUUGGAGAAGAGUGUUAGAGCUCAAUGCACUGUGCACAGCCAAUCGGAAAUGAGCUAGGCUGACAAGGACUUCGGAUUGAACAGACUUGUUUGGGAUCCCUUGGAGUAGGGGAGACAGUGGGCCUCGGCGGAGAGAUUACAAUCAUCUCUCCUGCCAAUCAAGGAGUGCCUGCCUGUAACAAUGUUACAGUCACAACACUACAAGGUCACGAGGGUCAAUGGAAUUCUGCCUUUUUAGUUGAAGUUUGUUCUUCUACUUACUUUUAACAAAAGUUUUAUGUAUAAUAGCCUUUGGUGCCUCAAGCUUUUGUUCAUUCCUUUCCUUUUUAACCUGCUUUGAGUAAUUGGAAUGGUGUUUAUUGCGGAAUGGCAACCUCUUGUAAAUUGUUGAAGUAUAAAAGCACCUAUUUUGCGCACUGUUAGUAUGUAUUGAACGUUGAUAUUACUGAGUGUUAAUAAUAUGGCAUGUACAUUAUGUAUUCAAAUGAACAUAAGCUUCUGUGUAGCAGAAAGGGAAUUUCAGUUGGUAGCAAAGAUGAUUACACAGCAUCAGCUUUUACACUGAUUUGCAAACACCAAGUUUUAUAAUAUUAUAAUAACACUUGUUCAUUGCUGGCCAUUAAGUGGAAAAUACAGUCGGUGAGUUACAAUGUG